GGUUCCUUGGAACAUGAGGAGAGCAAGAUCUUGCGUGUUCAGCUAGAAUUAAGCCAGGUAAAAUCUGAGCUCGACCGCAAGGUCACGGAAAAGGAUGAGGAAAUUGAACAAAUAAAAAGAAACAGUCAGCGUGCUGUGGAGGCCAUGCAGAGUGUGUUAGAUGCAGAAAUCCGCGGCCGCAAUGACUCCCUGAGGUUGAAGAAGAAGAUGGAGGGCGAUCUCAAUGAGAUGGAGAUUCAGCUGAGCCAUGCCAACCGUCAGGUGGCAGAAACCCAGAAACACUUGCGCACGGUCCAGGGCCAGCUUAAGGAUUCCCAGCUGCACCUGGACGAUUCCCUGAGAAGCAAUGAGGACCUCAAGGAACAGCUGGCCAUCGUGGAGCGCAGGAAUGGCCUCCUGCAGGAGGAGCUAGAGGAGAUGAAGGUGGCCCUGGAGCAGACAGAGCGGACCCGCCGGCUGUCGGAGCAGGAGCUCCUGGACUCCAGCGACCGUGUCCAACUGUUGCAUUCCCAG